AUGCAGCUGCUUCUGGCUUUGCUGCUCACCCUCCCCAGCGGUGUUCUGUCUCUGGACAAACUCAACAUGUGCAUGGAUGCAAAACACCAAAAAACGGAGCCUGGUCCUGAGGGAGAACUCUACAAACAGUGUUCCCCCUGGCGUGACAAUGCAUGUUGCACUGCAAACACCACUGCAGAGGCCCAUGAAGACAAUUCGUACCUGUAAAACUUCAACUGGAAUCACUGUGGCGUUAUGAGCCCUGAGUGCAAGAAACAUUUCAUCCAGGACACGUGCUUUUACGAGUGCUCACCACACCUGGGACCCUGGAUACAGCCAGCAGACAGCAGCUGGAGAAAGGAGAGAAUCUUGAAUGUGCCUAUCUGUAAGGAGGACUGUGAACAAUGGUGGGAAGACUGCAAAGACUCUUUCACCUGCAAGUCAAACUGGCACAAAGGAUGGGACUGGUCCUCAAAGACUAAUAAGUGCCCUGAAGGCAGUAAAUGCAGAAAGUGGACCGAAGUUUUCCCAACAUCCAAAUCCAUGUGUGAACAAAUCUGGUCCAACUCUUACCAGUACACCACCUAUUCCAAAACCUCCAACCGCUGCAUGCAGCUCUGGUUCACAGGCCCAAACCCCAACAGGAAGGUAGCCGAGUACUAUAAUGCGGCGCAGCAGACACAAGGCCUUCAUCUGGUGAUGCUGCUCUUCUUGGCCGUCAUGUCUUUCUGUGUAACGACAUGUUGA